GCAGGUGACGCCUCCUUCAUACAGAACGCACUCACUAGCACCUGUGUCGCCAUUGCAGGUAUAGCUGCCCCGGUUGUCUUCUUCGUGGACUAUGCUUCUAACUGCUUAUAUAUGGAAGAAAUCGAAGACUCGGUGACUGUUCGAGAUUAUAUUCAGUCCACUAUGGAGACCGAAAAAGACCCCCAGUGCCUCCUGGACUUGGCCAGGAGAAUCGGGCAGGUUCUGGCUAGAAUGCAUGACGAAGACCUCAUUCACAGGGACCUCACCACCUCCAACAUGCUCCUGAAGCGGCCCCUGGAGCAGCUGAACAUCGUGCUCCUCGACUUCGGGCUGAGUUUUGUUUCCGGACUGCCGGAAGAUAAAGGCGUCAACCUCUAUGUCCUGGAGAAGGCCUUCCUCAGCACCCACCCCCACACCGAGACUGUGUUUGAAGCCUUUCUGAAGAGCUAUGGUACUUCAUCCAAAAAGUCCGGUCCAGUGCUGAAGAAGUUAGAUGAAGUGCGCCUGAGAGGGAGAAAGCGGUCCAUGGUCGGGUAGCAGAGUUGCUAUAGUAACUGUCUCCCGGUGAGAAUGCUGUGGAUGCGGCUGGGCUCGGCAGUGGGGUCGUUGUUAAGUGGCCUGCGAUCGUGCUGUGUCACCGUCACCUGCGGUUCACUGUUCUCAGGAGCUUAAUGUGCACAAGGCCUGGUCUAGGCAGAACUGGGUGUUGAUAUCUUCUUUGUAUUCUAACAAAGCUUGCCUGAAGGUCAGAGGGCAGAGCUAGCCACUAGUUAACCAUAGAGGUCUGGAGGUCUGUAUAGACAGGAAGUGAUAUGGCUGGGCCGAGAGAGAGAGGACUAUAAGGUGAGAGGAGACAGGAGCUCAGCCCUUUUGGUUAAGGAUUUUGUAGAGGUAAGAACUCUAGUGCUGACUGCUCUGCUUCUCUGAUCUUUCAGCUUUCACCCUCUAGUGUUUGACUCUGGGUUUUUAUUAUUAAGAUCAAUUAGAACUCAGGAUAUAUCUAGUGCCCAACUUUAGGGCAUGAAUUCACGAAAAGGCCGCUUGCCUAUGGCUUUGCAGCCACUGGCACACACCAGAACUACACGCAGGGGCUCCCACUGGAAUUACUGUCUCACCGGCUAAGCUUUUCUCCCAAUUUUCCCCAAGCCUCUGAGCAAGUUUGGAAUUUUUUGUUGCAGCCUCUCUGCAGCAAACUCCACAGGCCCCAAGCGCCAGAGGCAGGUGGGCUUCAAAUGUUGCAGACAGACUUACUCCUUUAUACUAGUUGGCUCUGGCUUUAGGCAGCUCCUGCUGCAGGCUCCCACCACUCUUCAGACAGCCGGCCCCCUCUCCCCUGUGGGUUGUGGGCUCCCCCAUACCCCUUCCUUGGACUGAUGCCGGCACACUAGGUAGCUGCCUUGACACCUGCUCAGGCUUCUGCUGUUAUUGGGACCACUACACGCUCUCAGCUCACGGCUGCACGCCAGCAAUUGCACUGUCCCCAGCCAGGCUGUGCACCGCCUGUGUGCUCCAGUUAGAUGUGCUGCACAGUCUUCGGCUCCACUGCCGUCACCAUCAGAUUUGAUGAGACAACUGUCUUAAAGGGAGGAAUUAGUUAAAAGAGAGGUUUUUUUUCCCACGUUAAAAAAUGGGAAACACUGUUACAAUGGAAAGAGUUAAGUCUGUAUGUUUACACAAUGCAUGGUUUAAAUUUGGAACAAUCAAAUGAAGAGAUAACCAACCUGGAUUGACAUAAUGUUAAUUAUCAUUUUGAUCAUCGUUAUUGUUGGUGGGGAUUGGGCUAAGUUCGGCUGAAGCAGGGGCUUAGAGGCUACAGCAGCUCCUGGUGUUCCCGUCCUCUCAUUUGACACAGUAGCUCAUUUUCUUAAGAAACCGCCCUCCCUUCCUAUUCUACACUGUGUGCAGAGGCAGCUCCGGCAGCCCUGGAGAGGCCCUGCCAAGACAAACAGAAACCACAUCUUGACACCUCUGGCUUCUGCAGUGUCUGAAAUAGUUACAUUUGAACAUGUCCUCAGUGCAGAUGGCACACACAAAUACAGCACAGCUGAGAUGGCUGAUGGGACGAGUCCGUGACAGCAGGAAAGAUGGGUGAUGAGAACAGACGCACUCUGACUUUGAAGAAAAUCUGCAAGUCCUGUCACAGUGAUGUUUCUGCUUUGAGCCUGCUCUCAACUCUGGUGGGCCUGGAGGGGUAUGUUUGCUGUUGUCGAGAUGUCUCAGCCAUAAAGAGCAUGUGCUGCCCUUCGAGAACCUGAGUUCUCAGCUCCCACAUUGGGUAGCUCCCAGCCUCCUGUGUCCCCCAACCCCCUUGGACCCCACUGGCACAUUCAUUCAUGUGCACAUGUCCAUUACAGACACACAUCUGGUUGUCCUGAAACUCACUCUGGAGACCAGGCUGGCCUCGAACUUAGAGAUCCACCUCUCCUCUACCUCCUGUAUGCUGGUAUUAAAGGUGUGUACCUACUGCUGCCUGCCUUAAAAUAUUUUUAAUAUUUUAAUAUUAUUUUAGAAUUUUAAAACAAAAAAUGCAACCUUGUCUCAAAAAAACAAACAACAAAGAAACUGUUUCUCAGUGUGGGGAAAGCAGCUGAGCAGUGAUGCAGGAGCAGGCAUCCAAGGGCCCGAGGAGACAGGCUGUCCAGCAUGGCAGGAGAACAAGGAGAGCCUUUGUGUGCCAGGGAGGGAGCAGACAGCCUGCUGGAAAGUCAGGCAUGUGCCCAGACACCAGACCUUAGGACUGGCUUCCUUGCUAUGUGGGGACAUUACUCAGGAAAGGGAGACCAGGGAGAAAUCCAUUAAUGCAAGAGGAAGAAAACAAAACAAAAAGGUGCCAGAUUCUGUCUUGUGUGAAUGCUGAGAUAUUCUCUUCAGAAUCAGCCUAACUUUCCAAAAUGCCAGAGACCUCCCCAGGUUCAGGACAUUUCUCAUUCAAACCAUAACCCAUAUUAAAAUGUAUUUGUUUAUCUGGAUCUCAUGUUUGCAUACUUAAUCACCUCAGGAGAAGAGAGGGACAAAAUCUACGAAUUACUUCCCUUAUUGCUUUAACUAUCUGACAAAGAGAUUAAGGUAAGAAGGGUUCUAUCGAGUCUCUUUGGGGUCCAGCCCCAAGAUUCUCUUCAGGGUUCAGAUCAGACGCUACGGCAAGUAAAAAGCACUUUUUUCUUAGGAUAUCAGAAGGCAACUAAGAGAUUCAGGCCCUAGUACAAUCCCUGAGCAGGGAAGUAGUAACUUCUAGCCUAGAAACAUGCCAUGACUACUUCUGGACCUCAGCCCAGGGAAGUAGUUACCUCUAGUAUACAGGCAAAACCUCUCCCUGAACCAUGACAUCAUGGAGUCAUCCCUAAAAUGGGAGGAGCCAACCAGCAGGCACCAUCGCAUAGGGGGCAGCCAAUCCCAAGCCUGUAAACUUGGAAUUCCCCAAACUUUCCCUACUACAACCCCCCCACACACACACUUCUUGGGGUCUCUCCUAUUCUGCUCCUGCU